GCUCAUUUGAUGAGCACUACAGUAAUUGUGGUUAUAGUGUUGCCUUGGGAACCAAUGGAUUUACCUGGGAGCAGAUCAAUACCUGGGAAAAGCCAACAAUGGAUCCUGCUGUCCCAACUGGCUCCUUCAUGAUGGUGAACAGCUCUGGGCGGGCAUCUGGGCAGAAAGCUCACUUGCUGUUGCCUACGCUGAAGGAAAAUGACACGCAUUGCAUCGACUUCCACUAUUACUUAUCCAGCAGAGACCGUUCGAGUCCUGGCUCUCUGAAUGUCUAUGUGAAGGUGAAUGGAGGACCACAGGGCAAUCCUAUAUGGAAUGUCUCGGGGGUUGUUACAGAAGGUUGGGUGAAAGCAGAACUUGCCAUCAGUACAUUCUGGCCACAUUUUUAUCAGGUGAUAUUUGAAUCUGUCUCUUUGAAAGGACAUCCAGGGUACAUAGCUGUGGAUGAAGUCAGAGUUCUCGCCCAUCCAUGCAGAAAAGCACCUCAUUUCCUACGACUUCAGAACGUGGAGGUUAAUGUGGGACAGAAUGCGACAUUCCAGUGCAUUGCUGGGGGGAAGUGGUCUCAGCAUGACAAACUCUGGCUACAGCAGUGGAAUGGAAGGGACACAGCAUUAAUGGUCACUCGAGUGGUCAACCAUAGACGUUUUUCUGCUACUGUCAGUGUAGCUGACACCUCUCAACGCAGUAUCAGCAAGUACCGAUGUGUCAUUCGUUCAGAUGGUGGAUCUGGAGUUUCGAAUUAUGCAGAAUUAAUAGUGAAAGAGCCCCCAACUCCUAUCGCCCCUCCUGAGCUGCUGGCUGUCGGAGCCACGUACCUGUGGAUCAAACCCAACGCCAACUCCAUCAUUGGAGAUGGGCCCAUCAUAUUGAAAGAGGUGGAGUAUCGGACAACCACUGGGAAUUGGGCAGAAACACACAUUGUAGACUCUCCUAAUUACAAACUGUGGCAUUUGGAUCCUGAUGUGGAGUAUGAGAUCAGAGUGCUGCUCACUCGCCCUGGAGAGGGAGGUACAGGGCCCCCUGGACCACCACUUACAACAAGAACAAAAUGUGCAGAUCCCGUCCAUGGACCACAAAAUGUAGAAGUUGUUGAUAUUCGCUCCCGGCAGCUGACGUUGCAGUGGGAGCCCUUUGGUUAUGCGGUGACCCGCUGUCACAGUUACAAUCUCACAGUCCAGUACCAGUAUGUGUUUAACCAGCAAAAAUUUGAGGCAGAGGAACUCAUCCAAACUUCUUCCCACUACACCUUGCGAGGCCUUCGGCCCUUCAUGACCAUCAGGCUGAGGUUAGCCCUCUCUAACCCGGAGGGCAAAAUGGAAAGUGAGGAGUUGGUUGUGCAGACUGAGGAAGAUGUUCCUGGACCUGUUCCCUUGGAAUCCAUCCAGGGAGGACCUUUUGAAGAGAAGAUCUAUGUUCAGUGGAAGCCUCCAAAUGAGACAAAUGGCAUCAUUACACUCUAUGAGAUUACAUACAAGGCCGUUGGGUCUCUGGAUCCCAGUGCUGACCUGUCCAGCCAAAGAGGGAAAGUCUUCAAACUAAGGAAUGAAACACAUCACCUCUUUGUAGGAUUAUACCCAGGGACUACGUAUUCAUUCACCAUCAAAGCCAGCACAGUCAAGGGCUUUGGGCCACCCAUCACAACACGGAUUGCAACUAAGAUUUCAGCACCAUCAAUGCCAGAAUAUGACACGGACUCCCCCCUGAAUGAGACUGACACUACCAUCACUGUUAUGCUGAAGCCUGCUCAGUCCCGAGGAGCACCUGUCAGUGUCUAUCAACUUGUUGUCAAGGAGGAGAAGCUGCAGAAAGCACGGAGAGCUGCAGACAUCAUUGAAUGCUUCUCUGUACCAGUGAGCUACAAGAACGCUUCCAGUCUUGACUCACCACACUACUUUGCAGCUGAGCUGAAACCCACCAACCUGCCUGUUACACAGCCAUUCACAGUGGGAGACAACAAAACCUACAACGGCUACUGGAAUGCUCCACUUUCUCCCCUGAAAAGCUACAGCAUAUACUUCCAGGCUCUUAGCAAGGCAAAUGGAGAAACAAAAAUCAACUGUGUCCGGCUGGCAACAAAAGGAGCUUCCACCCAGAAUUCCAAUGCAGUGGAACCAGAAAAACAAGUUGACAGUACGGUGAAAAUGGCCGGAGUUAUAGCUGGUCUUCUGAUGUUUGUUAUUAUCCUCUUGGGAGCAAUGCUUACCAUCAAGAGAAGGAAGCUAGCCAAGAAGCAGAAGGAGACUCAGACCAGCACGCAGAGGGAGAUGGGUCCCGUGGCUACUUCCGACAAGACCUCUACCAAACUCAGUGCUGUUCACAAUGAAGAAGCUUUUUCUUCCAGCUGCCAAGAUGUUAAUGGAUUCAGUAAAAGGUACAGUAACCAUGGAGAGAUGACCCAGCCGACCCUGACUAUCCAGACCCACCCAUACCGGAGCUGUGAGCCGGUGGAAAUGUCCUACCCCCGGGGGCAGUUCCAGCCAGCCAUCCGAGUGGCCGACCUGCUGCAGCACAUCACCCAGAUGAAGCGAGGACAGGGCUAUGGAUUUAAAGAGGAGUAUGAGGCACUACCUGAGGGGCAGACAGCAUCCUGGGAUACAGCCAAGGAAGACGAAAACCGCAAUAAGAACAGAUAUGGAAACAUAAUCUCCUAUGAUCAUUCAAGAGUGAGAUUGCAACUGCUGGAUGGGGACCCUCACUCCGACUACAUAAACGCCAAUUACAUAGAUGGCUACCACCGGCCUCGCCAUUACAUUGCAACUCAAGGGCCAAUGCAAGAGACAGUGAAGGAUUUCUGGAGAAUGAUUUGGCAAGAAAACUCUGCAAGUGUUGUCAUGGUCACCAACUUGGUGGAAGUGGGCAGGGUAAAGUGUGUUCGAUACUGGCCAGAUGACACAGAGGUCUAUGGAGAUAUUAAAGUCACAUUAAUUGAGACAGAACCAUUGGCAGAGUAUGUCAUACGCACAUUUACUGUACAAAAGAAAGGCUACCAUGAGAUCCGAGAGAUUCGUCAGUUCCACUUCACCAGCUGGCCAGACCACGGGGUUCCUUGCUAUGCCACCGGCCUCCUUGGCUUUGUUCGUCAAGUGAAGUUUCUCAAUCCCCCAGAAGCAGGACCCAUUGUUGUGCACUGCAGCGCUGGGGCUGGGAGAACAGGGUGCUUUAUUGCCAUCGACAUCAUGCUUGACAUGGCAGAGAACGAAGGCGUGGUAGAUAUAUUUAACUGUGUGCGAGAGCUGCGAUCCCAAAGGGUCAAUCUGGUCCAGACGGAGGAGCAGUAUGUAUUUGUCCAUGAUGCCAUUUUGGAGGCAUGUCUCUGUGGCAACACGGCCAUUCCAGUUUGUGAGUUCAGAUCCAUAUAUUACAACAUCAGCAGACUAGAUCCACAGACCAAUUCCAGCCAGAUAAAAGAUGAGUUUCAGACUCUCAAUAUUGUGACACCGCGUGUUCGGCCAGAAGACUGCAGCAUCGGUCUUUUGCCAAGGAACCAUGACAAGAACCGCUGCAUGGAUGUGUUGCCCUUGGACCGGUGCCUGCCUUUCCUCAUCUCUGUGGAUGGUGAAUCAAGUAACUACAUCAAUGCUGCACUCAUGGAUAGCCACAAGCAACCUGCUGCCUUUAUUGUAACCCAACACCCUUUGCCCAACACCAUAGCAGACUUCUGGAGGCUGGUAUUUGAUUAUAACUGCUCCUCUGUCGUGAUGCUGAAUGAGAUGGAUGCAGCACAGCUCUGUAUGCAGUACUGGCCAGAGAAGACGUCCUGUUGUUAUGGCCCAAUUCAAGUAGAGUUUGUUUCAGCAGACAUUGAUGAAGAUAUCAUCAACCGGAUAUUCCGGAUCUGCAACAUGGCCAGGCCUCAGGAUGGAUAUCGCAUAGUUCAGCACCUGCAGUACAUUGGCUGGCCGGCAUACAGGGACACCCCUCCUUCCAAACGCUCCCUCCUGAAGGUGGUCAGAAGGUUGGAGAAGUGGCAGGAACAGUAUGAUGGGAGAGAUGGACGGACUGUUGUCCACUGCCUGAAUGGUGGGGGACGCAGCGGUACCUUCUGUGCCAUCUGCAGCGUGUGUGAAAUGAUUCAACAGCAAAAUAUCAUUGAUGUGUUCCACAUAGUGAAAACAUUACGAAAUAACAAAUCCAACAUGGUGGAGUCACUGGAACAGUAUAAAUUUGUAUAUGAGGUUGCACUGGAAUACUUGAGUUCCUUUUAGCCCAGCAGAGGGAGGGGAGGCUCUGAAAUGCCAGACCCCAAUCUCUGGCAGACGUUUCUCCCCUCUUCCACACUGGAAGGCAGUAACAAGUGUGGGAAGGAAAACCUCUCCUUCCCGGAGCAAGAGACUGAGAUUGCACAGACCUCGUUGGAAGGAAGAGAAAAUGCCUGUGUUUGCUGCUGCCUGCUUUCUAUUGGAACAUCUACUGCUUCUUAAGUAACCUACUGUAAAAAUUAGCAAAAUGGGAGACAGGCUGAAAGACUGGACUUUCUAAUCCCCUCUGACUUCUUCUCUCCUCUUUUGGAUUGUAUUUUUGCUCUCCUUGCUGCAGAGUAGGGAAGGAAUGAAACCCUUAGGAAAUUCUCUUUUAAAUGUCUCCUUUUUAAUUUAUAAUUUUGUUCUCAAAUCCCAGUCUUUAAUUUUUUAAUUUCAUGCAGCAGUCAUUUGGGAAAAAUGAGAUAGCCAUAGGGGAUAUAUGAAAUGUUUCACUACAAUUUGUCUACCUUAUCUGUUUCCUUUUAUUUGUUUUUCCAAGUGAAAAGGCCAACACAAAAAAAAA